AGUCCCCUGGGACCUACCCCACAUGGACCGAGUCGCAGAACCUCGCCUUCCCAGCUUGGUUGUCCAGUCCGGUUCGGAGUUCGCUAUCCUUGGUCCUAAAGCGGUCACGCCAAGGGCGGACUCAACCAGAGCUACGAGCUUAUCCAUUAUCAGGGGUCAAUGGAGGAGCGUAGUAGUGUGUCCUUGAGUCCAGGAGCGUCGGAGCACUAGGCACAACAAGGAACAGAUGAUUUGGUGGUGAAGUAUUUGUUACCCAUGGCGGGACGGUCCGGUAACUCCCCGUCCGCGGCGCGCCAUCGCUCCUUCCUCGUCCGUUCCGCGACUCCAGCUCGCGUCGCGAUCGUCGCGGCGUUGCUAGUCGUCUCGCUCUUCCUCGUCCUCCCGCAAUCCACGCGCGACCUCUUACUCUCCGCGGCGCCGGAAUCCCUCUCCCCCUCCGCAUUUCCGGAUCUCGAGACUCCCCCUGCCACGCUAGGCCAGAACGCUGACGUGGAAGAGGUUAAGCAGUCGCCGCUGGUCCCGCUGACGGUGCUUGCUGACCUGGAUGAUGACGGGGCAGUGUGCUUAGAUGGCUCCCCGCCAGCCAUCCACCUGUCGCCCGGAUGGGGUCGUGGGUCCAACAACUGGGUGAUUUACCUCGAGGGCGGAGGCUGGUGCAGUGACGAGUGCGCGCAACGCUCCCGCGGCGCUCUGGGGUCGUCCAAGCGCAUGGGGAGAAUCAUGCCCUUCGGGGGGAUCCUCUCCCACGACCCUAAGGUCAACCCUGAUUUCUACAACUGGAAUCGGGUCUACUUUCAUUAUUGUGACGGUGCCUCUUUCCUCGGUGACACAAACGAGCCAGUCCAGGCACAAUCCCGCCUUGUCUUUUUCCGAGGGAGGCGCAUCUUCACCGCCGUGAUCCGGCACCUCAUCUCCCACCACAACAUGGGGGCGGCAUCGCUUGUCUUAUUAUCCGGCUGUUCUGCGGGCGGUGUGGCCUCCCUGCAGAACUGUGACAGGCUGGCGGGGAUUCUCCAGCAAUCGUCCAGCCAAUCAGGAGCGAGCGGAAGAGAUGGAGGGGAGGAAGUAGGGAAGGAAAGAGGGGAGGAAGGGCCGGUGGUGAAGUGCAUGGCUGAUGCGGGGUUCUUUCUGGACUCACAGGAUGUUGGAGGGGUGCGGCGCAUGCGAGAGCGGUUCAGAGCGGUCGUUGCAACCCAGAACGUGUCCCUGAAUGCGCACUGCACAGCUACUGUUGCACUGGAAGACCACUACUUGUGCUUCUUCCCGGAGCAUCUCCUUCCCUUCCUGCACCGCCCUUUCUUCAUCCUCAACCCUCUCUACGACUCCUGGCAGGUCUCCAACUCCUUCGCGCAUCGCCAGUCUUUUCCUGCCCUAGACUGGCACGAGUGCCGCAACGACCUGCACUCCUGCCCUCCCCACCUGCUGCAGCUACUCCAUGUCUACACCACCACAUGGUUUCCAACCUCUCUCCUUUCCUCCCUGCCGCAAACAAGCCCGCAGUUGGGGAAGGAAUAAGGAGUUGGAUGCACAGAUGGGAAGUGCUGUGCCCGGUAGCAUGGAUGGCGGUGUGCGUCGUGGCAUGGAUGGUAGCACGAAUGCUGGCAUGCAUGGCAACACACUCUCCUCG